AAAACAAUAACAGGUUUCUUGUUACUCUUAUUUUGUUAACAGAACUAUUAGUUUGCACUUUGCUAUAACCUGCUGAUCACUAAUUCAGUUAGACUACAACUGUGUCUAAGGAAUACGUAUUGAAAUCAUGGCAAAGUUACAUUCAACAGUAGUUUUUGCAGCAUUGAUGAUGUGUGUAAAUGCUCAAAGACCUUUUUAUGCUUCAGGAAAUUCGUAUCCUAGCGUACUACCCCAAAACCAACCGAACAAUUCAGAUUUGAACAACAGGUUUGGAGAGAGUUCCACCACAGAAAGUUACAAACAAGAUAUAGUUCCUGGAUACAACGUGGAUAGAGAACUGGUGGACAGGAUAAAAAAUGAAUAUCCUACAGACAAACAGCCUUUUUGGUAUGUGAACGCAGCAUAUUUGAACAGCUCGAGGUAUCCGCAACAACCUUUACCAGCACAAUCACCUUCAACUGGACAAGUGUCAGUUGCACAAACUAUACCUUCACGAACGCAAUCAUUUCAAACAUUGUCGACACAGUCGUUAUCGUUACAACAACAACAAACUUUACUAGAAAGGUUACGUCAACAAGAAAUGCUUAUAGAACAACAACGUCAAUUGAUUUUGCUCCAACAACAGAAUACAAGAAACCCGAACUCCCAAUCUUCGUUUCGAAAAAUUCGAUCAUGAGCUCAUUGAUUUACGAAAUUACAUCAAUCUUACACUAUAAUAUAUUAAUUACUUAUGUUUUAAAACUAAUACCUAUUUAUUUUACAAUUUUUUUAUUGCGUAACAUAAAUUGUAUAAUGUUAUUUUACUUAUAAAAGUAAAUUUUGCACGUCAUGUAUUAUAAUAUUGACAACAUGUUCGUACUUAUUCUUACUUACAUGUAAUAAUUGUUUUUAGUGAACUAAGAGUUUAUUAUAAUAUUUCGGAAUAAUUUAUUAAUUAAAAAAUAUCGAGCUAAGUACCGUUUUGACUUCAAUGGUACUCGACGUGAUUUCAAACUAAAUACAAAGUAUACAAAUUUCAGAGCUCUGUAGAGUUAUAUUAUUGGAUGACCACAUCAUUAAGCUAAGCAAAUUGAAACUUUGGUAAGAUCUUACAAACCUAAUCAUUAUUUACUAAAU